AUGACACUACCCUUCACAUCACAACGUCGCCGUGAAGGAACUAGAUUGCUGGCGGGCAUGUCAGAUCCACUUUUCCCAGGAUGCAUCCCACCGCUACCGACACCGCUCACAGAAGCGGAGAUGAUGAUCCACUUGGACCAUGCUUCAAAUCCAAAGGCCCUUUUGGAUGAAUUGGUGACCAAGCGUGUUGUACAUGCAUGUAAAGUGGAUGGCGUGGUCUUGUACUGGAAUAAUGGUCCUCGAGGUGAAUCCAUGCCAAUACCGACACCCGUUACUCGGACCCCAACGACGCCAUUAAAACGACCCAACACAUCGGUAGAUACCCCACGAACAAAACCCAAAUUAGAAAGGGUAUCAAAACCAUUUAAAUCACCUUUCAAGAAACCAAUGAUGGAACAAGCUACGAAAAGAGUGUAUAAACCGUUUUUGUCUCCGAUGAAAUCUGGAACGGUACGGGAUGCGGAAUUAGUGGGGUUGGAACGGGAAUUAAAGGAAUUGAAAACGACCGUUGAUGGACUUGAAGAUCGGAUCCGGAAAUUGAAGUUGGUGAAGGGGUACAUUGAAUCGUAG